GAGUUGAUAUUUUCGGGUUGGACUGGUAGUACUUACGUGGAACACAAAACAUUUCGAAGGGUGCAUUUAAGUGGAUUCAUAUUCUACGUCGGUAAAUUCUCGUUGUGAUUUAAACGAGGUUUAGCAUUUGAUGGGACACCCCAAAACAAAAGCCAGAUAAUAAUUAGGCACGGCCGGCACUUACACAAACACCCUGCGUGCGGAUUAGCAUGGCCAGACGAACCCAAACCCCAUACUUAGAGAACCCCAAAAUUAACCACACCACCUCUCCAGGAGUUCAGGCCAGGCUCCUCCGUCCCCUCCUCGCACACCUCCCCCCACCACCACCGUGAUCGCCGGCGGCCGCCCGCCCGCCCGCAAUGCCUCCCCUUCCGCCGCCGUAUGCCGGCAGCAGGGGGAGGUGCGUGCUCAGCUUCGCGGCGGCGCGGGACCGCUGCUUCAGCCGCCGCUUCCUCAACGCCGGCCUCCGCCCGCUCGCGGUCCCGCUCCCCGGCCCGGACCCCGACCCGGCCACCACCGUGCACAUAUGGGUGCCCGCAAGGCCGCCGCGGAACCCGCUGCUCCUCCUCCACGGCUUCGGUGCCUCCGCCACCUGGCAGUGGGCGCCCUACCUCCGCCCGCUCAUCGCCGCGGGGUUCGACCCCAUUGUCCCGGACCUCGUCUUCUUCGGCGCAUCAUACACCCGCCUCCCCGACCGCUCCGAAGCCUUCCAGGCGAGCACGAUUAAGGCGGCGAUGGAGGCUAUCGGGGUGAGCAGGUUCGGUCUGGUGGGCGUCAGCUACGGGGGCUUCGUGGGGUACCAGAUGGCGGCCAUGUUCCCAGAGGCGGUGGAGAGGGUGGCGAUGGUGUGCGCGGGGGUGUGCCUCGAGGAGAAGGACCUGGCGGAGGGGCUGUUCCCGGUGGCCGGGGUCGGGGAGGCGGCCGCAAUGCUCGUGCCACGGCAGCCGGAGGAGUUGCGGCGGCUGGUCAGGCUCACCUUCGUGCACCCGCCGCUCAUCAUGCCGUCCUGCUUCCUCUGGGACUACAUUAAGGUGAUGGGCUCGGAUCAUAUCCAGGAGAAGACUGAUCUACUCUACACUUUGAUUAAUGGGAGACAACUCUCAAAUCUUCCAAAACUGACUCAGCCGACACUUAUAAUUUGGGGGGAGCAAGACCGGGUGUUCCCAAUGGAGCUGGCUCACAGAUUGAAUUGGCAUCUAGAAGGGAAUUCUCGAUUAGUUGUCAUGAAAAAUGCUGGACAUGCAAUCAAUCUUGAGAAGCCCAAAGAGGUGUGCAGGAACAUCAUUGAGUUUUUCAAAGAGCCGGCUGCCGAGGCUUCAAACGGGGAAAAGGUGUAACUUCAGUGCUUCACCAAUGGCUGACGUUCUUCGCUGGGCAUCUGGAGGCCCGCUUGCGGCGUAAACGACGGGAGACAUGUAACAUCUCCCCAGGCUAUCUGAUGUAUCCGAUUGAUCGCAAUAGCUAUUCACAAGCGUGCAACGGAAAAACAGCUCAAACACAAAAUGGUUCUGAUGGCAGUGUGACCCCUCACCCCUGUGUUACGCCCGUUUUUGCUCGCCUGUCGCUUCAGCCGCCGGCUUCACCGCUCGACAGUAGGAAGUCGCGAUCGUGCAUUUGAGCCAAUGGCGCAGCUGCCAUGUAGAAGAAGCUCUGGAGGAUCGAAUGAUCUGAUGGGACAUGGGAGGAACGAAUUGGCC